AUGGAAAAGGACCUCCAGGACGCGUACGCGGCACUCCAGCUGCUGCACACGGAUCUCGCACUGUCGCGUCCUGACAAUGGACUUCUCAGAGCUCCGCCCACGCACUUGCCAAGUCAUGGAUUGUAUUCUCGUACGCCACGUAUCGAAGAGAGACAUGGUGGAAUGCUCCGGAUGUUUUCUGAAGACACGAAGUCCCGAUCACGGUCCGUGACAAUGCGGUCGGAGGACCCUUUUGCCGAAGGGACACGAGAUCGUGUUUGCACGCAAUGUGGACCCGCCGAGACGAACUCGCCCGAACUUGAUGAUUAUCAAGUCAAUGAGCUCAACGAGUUGGAAAAGUCGGCGCUCUUGACCAAACUGCAAAGCUUGACAUCGACGGUGGAACAGCAGAUGCAGACCAUGUUGGCUCAACAAGCAAGUUUUGCACUGCAGAGAGAAGAGCUGGAGACGAUGCUGGAGGAGACAGUGCACAAGCUGCAGGUGGAAAAGCGCAAAGUGGCAGAUGCAGUGCUGGAGCAACAGACGGUCAAGGAGCAGUACGAGUUCUUGGAGACUCAAGUGGAGAUCUUGCUUCGGGACAGGGAAAAGCUGCGUCAGCAACAUGUGUGGACGAUAGGUGAACUGAGAGAAGAUUGUGCCAAAUUGCAGACACGAUUGGCAAUCCCGGAGGCUGAGCGGGCUGCUGAGGCGAAGGAGUUCAAUCAAAUACAUGAAGAGAGGGGGAAGCACCACGUUCUGUCAACUGGAAACUUGGAGACGAAGCUGAAAGACGCGUACAGGCAAGUUGCAGUAUCCGAAAGUGCCCGAGCUACCGAGAAGAAGGAGUACGAGAGGAAACUUGAGAUGGCGCUGAAAAGCGUGCAGGCACAGCAACCGGGUGGAGACGAACAUGUGACGCCACACCUUGCCUGCACCGAGACUGAGCGUCACGUGCUAUCGAACGGUAGGAACAAUGAGCGCGUGAGGGUUGUAGAGAUCGCUGGACAUUACAAAACACCGGUUCAACCUGCCGUUUUAGGUAAGGAGAUCAUCAGCAGGAAAUUCGGACAGCUCAGCACGCCGACGGACUUGCAGGUGAGGAGUGCUUCGAUUGCCAAUCGUCGACCAAGUAGAAGUCACAAAAGGACCUGUGCCACUCUAAAAGCUGAUCACAGCGAAGCACGAGGCUACCUAGACGCAAGAAUUGUCAUCCGGGGACCGUCUUUGCGGUAUUGGCUCUCUCACGGCCAGAGAGACCAGGGUAAUGGGUGUUUUCUACUGCAUCUUUCGACGGCAUUAGAAGCUGUGACUGCUGCGAUUAAAGAUGGCAAAAUUCUGCCUGGCAUCCCAACCGUGCUGUGUGCGGAACCUCGCGGAAAAGCCCAGAAUGAGAAUGGCCAGCUAACCACAUGUUCCAUCUGCGCUUCACCGUUGCAUUUUAAUGCCGCACUGGAUUCGCGCAAUGGACCUGACACGAAUUCAGUUGCCGUCGAGAUCGCUUAA